AAUGUCCGAAGGGGACAGUGUUGGCGAUUCUGUGCAUGGGAAGCCUUCCGUGGUGUACAGGUUCUUCACAAGACUGGGCCAGAUCUACCAGUCCUGGCUGGACAAAUCUACCCCUUACACAGCAGUGCGAUGGGUUGUGACGCUGGGCCUGAGCUUCGUCUACAUGAUCCGAGUUUACCUACUGCAGGGCUGGUACAUUGUCACCUACGCCUUGGGAAUCUAUCACCUAAACCUUUUCAUAGCUUUUCUUUCUCCAAAAGUGGAUCCCUCCCUAAUGGAAGAUUCAGAUGACGGCCCUUCCUUGCCGACCAAACAGAAUGAGGAGUUCCGGCCCUUUAUCCGAAGGCUGCCAGAGUUCAAAUUUUGGCACGCGGCCACCAAGGGCAUCCUGGUGGCCAUGGUCUGCACGUUCUUUGAGGCAUUCAACGUCCCAGUGUUCUGGCCCAUCCUGGUGAUGUACUUCAUCAUGCUCUUCUGCAUCACGAUGAAGAGGCAGAUAAAGCACAUGAUAAAAUACCGGUAUAUCCCAUUCACACACGGCAAGAGGAAAUACAAAGGGAAGGAGGACGUGGGGAAGACGUUUGCUAGUUAGAAGCUGGACUGAAUCUAUCACCUGACUCUCAAGAAUGAUUUGAGCCAUUGUAACAAUGCCUUUUUUCUUCACAUAAAGUAGUUGAUCAUGAGGGAGUCGAAUUUUCUUUUUAAAAAGGAGCUUCAAUUAUUUUUAUCAGAAAUAUCAGGUUCUUGAAGAAACUGGCAUUUAAACCAAAUUGCAUUGAUUUCUUUUCCAGUGAUGCUCACACGGUUCACACCGGUGG